AUGAGUCUUGCGUUUGUACACGCGCACGAUUGCUCUGACCCGCACACUGAAGCCGUGUGGGGUAUAUCCUGGACAGCAAACGACACCAUAGUCUCCGUCUCUGCCGAUGGUUCGGUAAAACAGUUUGUCGCUGCCUCAGGCCAGCCGUCAACAGCAUCGAUGCCCCCUCCACACACCCUAGGCCAGGUUUCUCUGUCUGUCACGCGGGACGGCAGUCGCGCACUGUGCAAUACUGUUGAAGGGGUCACUUCCUUGGUGGACUUGGGCACGGGUGAAGUGCUGGGCAAGCAUGAGAGUUAUGUGCGGGACCAGAGCGGUACUUCGGACGAGGAUGGCGGGCCUUCGUGGUCGGUUUCUUUACAUCCCGAUGGGACAACGUACGCUGCUAGUGGGAGCGGGGGCAAGGUGGUGAUCUACUCCGCUCAAGCAGACUCGUUUGGCAAGCAAGUAGCAAAAUUCUCGACGGGGAGGAGUAAAUAUGGGAUGUUCUGCCAAUAUAGUCCCGACGGGAAACGCGUUGCUCUUGCCUCAGAAACGGGGCAGAUAUACGUGUUCGACGUGGAGCAAGCUGCCUUGAGUGCGACUUUCACCUCACACGCGCUUGCAGUCCGCUCUUUAGUCUGGUCUGCUGACUCCAAUUUACUGCUGAGCGCAUCAGAAGAUAAAAGACUUGCAUUGCAUGACGUUCGGGAUACUGGCGGCCCGUCUGGUGGUGCCUUUGCAACAUUUAUCGGCCAUUCUUCUUGGGCGUUGAGCGUUGACAUCUCGCAAGACUCAAGACUCGCGCUCUCUGGGCAAGCUUUUCACCCUCCUUCGAUAGUCACGCAUCACUAA